AUGCAGGAAGGAGCAAUAAUCGGAAAUAUAGCUUCUGAUAUUGGCGUAGAUACAAGCAGUCUUUCUAAACGGGGGCUACAGAUUGCUUUAGGAGGUGGGAUGCAGUAUCUGGAUGUUAACAGAAUAAGCGGACAAUUGUUUAUUAAGAAAAAAAUCGACCGAGAAAAUAUUUGCGCAUUUAGAGAUAAAUGCGUACUUAAUCUGGAGGCUGUACUUGAAAAUCCAUUGCAGAUAUUUAGCAUUGAAAUAGAAAUAUUGGAUGUGAAUGACAAUGCUCCGAGAUUUCCUUUCAGUGUAAGUCGCAUAAACAUUUCCGAAUCAAAGACAAAAGGGGAUAGGUUUUUAUUGGUGAAGGCUAUGGAUCCUGAUGUUGGUAAUAACACUGUAUGUAAUUAUAAGCUGAGUGAAAAUAUUUACUUCGAAAUUAAUGUGCAGACUUGGAAAGCUGGCUCUGUUUCUGCAGAUUUAAUACUUAUAGAGACAUUGGAUAGAGAACAACAAGCUAGGCACAAUUUAAUUCUAACGGCAGUGGACUGUGGAAUCCCUCCACUGUCUGGCUCGAUUAAUAUCUCUGUUUCCAUUCUGGACGCAAACGACAAUGCUCCGAAAUUUGACAGACAGAUUUACGAAGCGGUGAUUUCAGAAAAUGCAUUAAUAGGAACGACUUUUAUUACACUGAACGCGACAGACAAUGACGAAGGCUUCAAUGCAGAGUUAUUAUAUUCAUUUAACCCUCACACCUCCGAGGAGGCACAAAUGAAAUUCAGUUUGGAUUCGAGAACUGCUGAACUCAGAGUUAAUGGACUACUGGAUUUCGAACAAUCACAUCAAUAUGAGUUAUUUGUGCAGGCAAAGGAUAACGGACACAGUCCUAUGACCGGGCAAUGCAAAGUAGUAGUACAAAUAAUUGACAGCAAUGACAACCGCCCUGAAAUUAAGGUUGCGUCAUUGAAAAGCUCAGUAGUAGAAGAUGUACCCAUAGGCACAGUCAUCGCACUCUUCAGCGUCACGGACUUGGACUCUGGGGACAAUGGUAUGGUAAACUGUCAUAUAUCAAAUAAUGAGGAGUUUGAACUUCAGCAGACUAUGGAUAAUGUUUAUGCUCUGGUGACAGCAGAACUAUUGGAUCGAGAAAAAAAAUCUAGUUUCAAUAUCAGAAUCGUUGUCAGGGAUAAUGGAACUCCUUCCUUGUCAAACAAUAAAUCGAUUUCUUUAAAACUGUUGGAUGUAAAUGACAACGCGCCAUCGUUUUCACGUGUCUCAUAUGAAAUUCCCAUCCCAGAAAACAACAUCCCUGGCUCUCUGCUGUGUUCCAUUACUGCAAAGGAUCCUGAUGCAGAUCUGAACGGCGCUGUGAAAUAUUCCAUACAAGAAAAAUAUGAAUUCAAUAACACCUUCAGGAACUAUUUUUCCAUCAAUCGGGACAAUGGAAACAUUUACUCACUGCAGUCUUUCGAUUAUGAAACACAGACAUUUUAUACAUUUGACGUGGUUGCUAAAGACUCUGGCACUCCUCAGCUAAGCAGCAGCGUGACAGUCAAGAUAACUGUUCUUGAUGAAAACGAUAACACACCGGUUAUUGUAUCACCCUGGCGCCCUCAUGGAUCAAUAGUUAGUGAUACAAUUCCGAGUUCGGCUGAAGAAGGAUAUUUAGUGACCAAAGUUAUAGCAAUUGAUGACGACUCGGUCCAAAAUUCACGAAUUACAUAUCAUUUGCUUCAAGUUACUGACCAGACAUUAUUUAAAUUAGACCAAUACAGUGGGGAACUUCGAACCAGAAGACGAGUGGGUCAUAGAGACUCUUCCAAACAAAGACUUGUGAUUCAAGCCCGGGACAAUGGCACUCCUUCACUGACCUCGACAGUUACAAUCCUCGUUUCAAGAUCUGACCCAGAAGAUAAAGGUCUUCCAGUACGAAAUGAUGAGCUAGAUCCUGAGUUUUUAACGCCCUUAAACAUAUAUUUGAUGAUCGGUCUUGGGUCUGUUUCACUUCUGUUGCUUUUAACUUUAUUGAUCUGCAUUGCACUUAAAUGUCAUCAUAAUCCAUCUGACGACAGCACAAAAUCAGCAAAUCGGAAUAGCUGCUACAGCCAAAGAGAUUCGAUGAUUUCCGACCUGCCGGCACACUCGACUUUAUAUUCGAGCGACGCCUACUGGCACAGCGUGCUUUUAGCGGAAUCAAGAAAAGGCAAAAUGCUGGUGAGGCAGUCAAUGCCCAAUGGAACUGGCUUCAUCGUGUCAAGUUUGGAGAGGAAUUCGGAUCAGGGAACGAUAAGUGAAUUAGCUGAAACACCAGUUCAGGUAAGACUGCUGUAG